AGAAGAAGAAGUGUUGCUACACUGGUGUAUUUGUUGAAUGAUAGAAGUGAAACCUGUCUAGAUAUAAGGAACGUCUGUCCGGUGUUUCAGGUCUGAAUCGMGGCGGUGUUUCGGAUAUCUAAUCGUGACCUUCUGUCGGAAAAAUGCGGGACCGAACGAAAGAAUUGGGAAACAAAGCCGAAGGUUCAGAUGAGGAUGACGAGGACAGAGCUCUGGUGAACAAACCUGGAACAUCUUCAGCUAAAGAUGACAAGGACAAUGAAGCUUUCUUCAAAAAGGUGCAAGAAAUCCAUGAGGGGCUGGAGAGCCUGAAGAAGAUGGUUUCUGACCUGGAGAACAAACAGAAAACUGUCCUGGGCGUGGCGCUGCCAGAAGAAAGUAUGAAGAAAGAGCUUCAAACUCUUCGAGAUGAGAUCAAAACUUUAGCGAGUCAGAUCCAGAGGAAGCUGAAGAGUAUCGAACCUAAAAAGGGCGACGAUGAUGGAAAAUACAUUCCCAUCAAUGUUCGGAUGCAGCGAACGCAGCACGGCGUUCUGUCCAGAGAGUUUGUGGAGUUAAUGGGUCACUGUAACACCAUCCAGGCCGAGUACAGAGACCGAAACGUGGCUCGGAUACAGAGGCAGCUGAAGAUCACUGGAAACAACGUGACGGACGAGGAGCUGGACGCCAUGCUGGAGAGCGGUCAGACGGAUGUUUUCACUCAGAACAUCCUGAUCGACGCUAAAGCCACGAAGCAGGCUCUGAACGAGAUCGAGUCGCGGCACGACGAGAUCCUGAAGCUGGAGAAGAGCAUCACAGAGCUGCACCAGAUGUUCCAGUACCUGGCCAUGGAGGUGGAGGCUCAGGGUGAGAUGGUGGACAGGAUUGAGACAAACAUCAAGCAGUCGUGUGACUACGUGGAGAAAGCCAAGGACAAUGUGGAGAAGGCCGUCACAUAUCAGAGCAGUGCUCGCAAGAAAAAGAUUUGGAUYGCCGUCUGUUUGGCCAUCCUCCUCCUCAUCAUCGUCAUCGCCGUUGUCAGCACUUUCAGUUAGUGACACCGAGCCGUGCGAGUCGCCUCGGCAAGAAUCGUUCAAAUUUGUGUAAAUUCACCGACCCACAGGUGGACCUGAUCUGUGUACAUAUUUAGUUCUUUUCCAUCCCGCUCAUAUUUAAUCUUCUUCAAAGCGACGGACUCUCUGUCUCGCCUGCAUUUUUUAUUUUUCGAACCCCCAGUUGAGGUGGUGUUGCAGGUUUCUGUUCUAUGAAAGACCAGAACAAAAAAAAAACUGUUACCUGAAUAAAAGUUGUAUUUGAAGCAGUAUUUAGAUCWAACACUGGUGCUGACCGUGCUGUACUCAGGAAAACUGAUUCUUGCUGAAUUGGACACAAAGAACAACUUUUUAGACAAUUAUGCAAAAUAAACUAAUAUAAUUGUAAUUAACACUGCUGGUGAUUUAUGCUUUUUUAACUGGUUGCUUCAAACUGCCUACAUGUGUAAAUAAUUAGUGAUGUUGUGGAUUAACCCCCAUCCGUCAGUUCUGCAAUAAUAAACCCAAACCUGAUUUUAUUUGUCUGAAGUUUUGUAUUUAUGAUUUGAACUUUAUAAAAGCUGCUACAACAAAAUAUCUGACGAAUUCGUUAAAGCCUUCAAAUCUGUGCCUUAUCUGCAACGAGCUGGGAACAUGAUGUCGUGCACUAAUUUGUCAAGAAGGGAUGGAAUUAGGAUUAUUAUUUAACUUUGGUCUUUUUUUGUUGUUUGUGUGUUUGUGUAUCGAGACAAAUCUGUCAAGAAAAACUUAACCAUCACAGCUAAACAAAAAAAAAAAAAAAAAUAAUGUACUUGAACAGAAUUUUCUACUGUGUAAUAUUACAACUGUUCAAAUUUGCAUGACUGGUUUAUUUUAUUUGUUUUUAAAUAAAGUCAUUGUCAUUUC